UGCCCCACGUCGUGGUUUGAUAUUUUUUACAACGAGAACGUGUUUAAUCAUUGUAAACGUUUUGCACAUCGCAAAUACAGUUUAUUAUUUUUCCUUCUAUGGAUUUUCUGCAGCUUUUAUCAUGUGCAUGCAUCGUGUUUACGGUCGGGAUGUUCUCGACUGGACUGACCGACUUGAAGAAGAUGAGAAACUCACAAAGUGCCGACAACAUCCAGUUCCUUCCCUUUCUUACUACAUGUCUAAAUAACCUAGGAUGGUUGUAUUACGGUGUCCUAAAGAAAGACGGGACGCUGAUGCUCGUCAAUGCUAUAGGAGCCUGUCUACAGAUUGUCUACAUACUGGCAUACUGCCGCUACACCAAAGACACAAGGCGGGCGCUGCUGCAGACGCUGGCCAUGGUGAGCACGUUGGCGCUGGGCUGGGGCUACUUCACGGUGGUGGUGUCCCAGGGAGACGUGCAGCUCAAUCAGCUGGGACUGGUCUGCAGCGCCGUCACCAUCAGCAUGUACCUCUCUCCACUGGCCGACCUGCUGGAGAUCAUCCGCACUCGUUCGGUGCAGUGUCUGUCGUUCCCCCUUGCAGUGGCCACCUUCCUCACCUCCGCCUCCUGGACCCUCUAUGGCCUGCAGUUGCAGGACUACUAUAUCAUGGUUCCCAACACUCCAGGGAUCGUCACCAGCCUGGUGCGCUUCUUCCUCUUCUGGAAGUUUGGCUCCCACGGUCAGGGCAAGCCGGCCUACAAGGCCAUGUCUACUGGGUAAAAGGGGUGCUGGUGCUCUAACCCUCACUCACCACCAUGAAGUGCCUAUAGGUCUUUGGCCUGUCUCCUGUGUCCUCUUAACAAAAUGGCCUCCAUUUCUCCUCACCUCUUACCUGUACCAGAGGUCUCUUCUCUGUGGUUACUGGGGUUCACACUCUGUCCUACACAGGUUAAACGAAACAUGUCUGACUCUUGGGAUCAAAUGUCAAACUUUGAGCCACUGAAGGUUGACCUUGAGAAUUAAAUGUCAUUAUUUAAAAAAAAAUAAAAUUCAGAAUAUAUGUUUUCGAUUCUGAGCAAAGAUAUUUUAUUAUGUGAAUCAGAAGCGAGACGUGAGAUGGUGGACCGCCAGGAUGCCAAGCCUCUUCUGUGAUGUCCAAUACCUGCCGGAGAUGAUAUCCCCUGAAGAGGUUUUCCCUUUUGGUGCACUUUAAAUGCCAGGACAGACUCUUAAGUAGACUGUUAUAGUAUGCUGGUGGGUUUGGGUGUGAUUCCUGUACGUACGUUAUUUUCAGGUACUUUCUUUUUUUUUUUUUAAAUAUUCAUACUCUUGUGAUCUUGUGUACAGUUUGCAAUACAGUAUGUAGCUCAUGCCUACCCUUUGUGUAUCGCUAUGCUAUAAGAGUUUAAUGCCAAAUGUCUUAUCAAAUGCAUUUUGUGUUAUUUUUGUAAUCUUUCAUUGUACGCAUAGAGCACACAUGCAACCUUACAGAAAAUAUAUAUUGAAGUAUUUUGCUUUGGAAAAAAAAAACAAUUUAAAAGGGUGAAAAUGUGUGAUUUACUAUGGAGGCCUUAAACAUUAGACCUUGAGAAAUUCUUGGUGCAAUGACCUAUGACCUGUCAUCAAUGUCUAUCUAUCGCUGUGUUCCUGGGGCUUGUUUUCACUAUACAUUCCGUUCUGGAAGUCCUUUCAUCAGCCCGCUCCUCACAAAUUCCUUCCCUACACAUGCCUCUUUGUUUUAUGCUUGCGUGUUUGGGGGAGAGUGUGCUGUGGCACUGCGAAUGUUACAGUAUACCAUCGCAUGGUGUCUCCUCUCCUCCCUCCACUGCCAUGCACAGCAAGCCUGCCCCCGGCAGAACCAGAUUUAUCAGAUGGGGUCCACCUCAAUAUCUAACCUCCCGUCCUCUCCUUUUGCUGUUGGCAUUGUGCAUCGCUGACACCCCGGUUCUGUAUGGACAACAAUUUGGCCCGCUGUCGGCCUAGGCCAGUGGUUCUCAACCUUUUUUGAAGAAAUGCCCCCUUGACCUCAUUAUAAGCCUCCCAACGCCCCCGCGACCUCAUCAUAAUCCUACUAACGCCCCCACGGUAUUUAAAUGGACUAAUGCCACCAAUGACAACUAAGCACUGACCCCUCUCAACUGUAUCCUUCUCAACGCCCCCCUAGGGCUCCCCAACGCCCGCUGGGGGGGCUGUACCGCUCUUGUUGAGAAAGACUAGCCUAGGCAGAGCAACUUAUUUGGGGGCUUUCACUGUCCUAAUUGUAAAUGAGGACGUGACCUUUGAUUGAUAUUGAAUAAAACUUCUAUUAGCAAUUGCGUCACAUUACAAAGCCACAAGCACAAGGAGAGGACAGUAGGUGCUAGAUUGAGCUGGACCUCAUGUCAUUUCUCCUCUCUCCACUGCCAAUGACCGCAAGCCUGCCCACCAGAACCAGAUUCAUCAGAUGGUCAACCAGCUGCCCUCUGACCCCUGUUUGACCUUGCAGUGGGAUGAAGCUAUUUCUUCAUAUGCAAAAGGCU